AUGUCGCCCUCCAACAAGAAGGGCAAGAAGAAAGCCAAGGCCCCCAUCCCCGCGAUGACGAGCCCCACGCCUGCAUACCCACAGCUACCGCCUGACACCCUCGGCUUCGUCAACGGUGAGCCCGUUUUCCGCAACCCCGAGGACUUCCUGGACGACCUGGAAGACCCGGAAGUCGAAGCCGAAUGGCUCGACUACUACGAGGACGAAGCCCGCGAGGCCGAGUCCCUCUUCGCUCGCCCCGGCCACCGCACGCAGCCCUCCUGCUCCCGCGCUGGUCCCUCCUCCCGCCCCCAAGCCCCCGCGACCCCCCCUCCCUUCCCACCCGACGCGGUCCAACCCGACGGGCUCCACCCAUACAAUAAUCCAUUCCAGAUGCCGCCCAACGGGGACCCCCGAUGGCUCGUCUGGGACGCGGAGUGGCUGCGCAUCCGCAACGCCCUCCAAGCCUCCAUCGGCGACCACGCCCGUCUCCCCGAACGGGGGCAAAUGGCCGUCGCCUCCGACCCCCCUCUGGUGGCCCCCUCCGCUGCCUCCACACCCCUACCCAGCGUCGCCGUCCCUCCCCCAGGCCCGGCCACCCCUCCCCCUCCCCCUGCCUCGGGCGUGAAACAAAUCCGCCUGGAGCCGAUCCUCACCGAGGUCCUCGGACUCCUCCUCCGCGACCGGCUCGAGGUCACCACUAACCUCGCCUCCACCCGCAUCGUCCAGACCUUCCUGGCCCACGGACACUCCGCAUUCGAGGCGCAGAAGCUGAUCAGCGACCACCCGCUCCUGAUCGUCGCCCUCCCCCUCCUCAUCCGGCUGACGCGCGAACACGCCGCUGCCGCCAUCCAACACCACGCCCCGGCCGCUCGUCCCCUGGACCCCGCUGCGCCGGCGUUCCAGCCCCCACGACCCCCACGCCCUCCCACGCCCACUCGGCACCAACCCCCCACGCGCCUGCGGCCCCCACGCCCGCGCCCACGCUCCCUGCCUCCCCCCUCCUCCAGACCGGAUGGCGGUCACACCACCCGCCUCCCCCAUCCCACACGUCCGCCUCCCCUCCCGGCCCCCUCUGCCCCGAGGUCGAUAUGGCGGUGA